AUGCCUCUUGAUCAAAACGACACAAAGCUACUACACGAUGUGACAGCUAGUAUCGUUGUCCCAGCACAUCCCAUUGCACCCCCUGCUGAAAUACUCUCGAGACACUCAGGCGUUAAGGAAAGGACUACAUUUUUCUAUGAUGAAUCGCUGAAGAUUCUGGUUUUGCUGGACUGUCCAGCCUGUCCAGAACAGAGGCUUGAGAAAAUCCUACAGAGGCUCGAAAUCAGAGUCGAUGCUUGGGCUUUGACAUCUAGAGAUGGCGACGAGAAAUCACCAUCUGAGGGGGGCACAACCCGCGAUCUGAUUGCGUCUGAAUCAGUAAUCAAAGCCGAUGAUCCAGUCACUCUUGUCAAGCAAGACGAUCAGACUGACGGAAUUCGACUUCAGUUAGUAUGGGAAUUGCAUUUGACUUUGGGAAGACCACGCGUGCGCUCGCCCGACCAGAAGGUUGUAUUCGUUCCAGUAGCCACUGUCAUCGACAAAGAUCUAGACGAUGAUCAGGAAGAGUUCCUAGAACCAUUCACCUUGCUGGAACCAAAUCUGUUUCAACCUCUUGGAGCACUUCCCGGUGCGGCAAACCCAUACCUGCCUCUAUCUCGAUCAGAAAGGGUUGCUCCACCACCACAGAAAGACAACCGCAUACGACUCAAGCAUCAGUCAACGGAGCCAAUACGUGCAUUUGCAGCCAUUAUGCCUCGAUUGAAGUACAACAAAAUCCAUACACUACCUGCAGUGCCUAAAACCAUCGCAUCCUUGGAUAUUGAGAUGAAUCCAUUCGAAGAUCUCAGAGGCAGAAUUGAGGAGAUUGAAGUCUCGAUGACUAAUGGGACAGUUGCAUCACUCAUGCCGGACCCACUGCCUAUACCUUGCCAGUCAAAAGACUGUGUCACGUUCUUGUAUGAUUUACAGUCCACUCGCAAGUCUGGAACAAACAUUCCCCUUGAGCAGACAAAUAUCCACACCAGUUCAUCCUCAAAUCAAAGCGUCGAUGUGCUUAGUGUGCGCAUCGUGGUCAGCUUGUUUAUCGACUCCACUACCACGGCCAUCAUUACUACGUCGUGGACCUCCAACAUUGACGUCUCCCUAGCGCUUAACCCUGCAUUUGGCACACCAUCUCAAACUUUGCAACGCACAAACCGUCCGACCUCACUUAACUUCGCUCCCUACCCUGAUCCGGGCAAGUCUCAAGCUCGCGAUCGGUCGAGUGUUGGAGGCGUACGAACCGCUUCAACAUCUCUACAGCAUCAAGUAAUACCGACCUCGAUUCCGAGACAAUCUCCAUCAGCAGGCUUAUCAAUCUCCUUCGAAGCGCCCGACGAGCCAGUCCACGUCGGCGUCCCAUUUACAUGGCGUGUGCUGAUCGUCAAUAAUACCCGUACUUCCGCGAAACUAGCCAUCGUCCCACUACCUCGUAUACAACGUCCCACAAACCCCAAUCAACACUUUGCAAAAAGAUACGCCCCAAAAGCAAGCAGCACAUCCAUCAUACCACUAACCGCUAUCAGCACCACCAAGCAACACUCCCGCAGCACAACAAACCCACACAACACUGCAAAAGCCGUCGUCGACGAGCACGUCCUGUACGCUCUCCACCACCAGUCACCUAUGGCGGGCGCUACAGCUGUCCCACCAGAGACAGACCUGAUGAGUCUGACGGCAGAACUCAGAAUCGGCCCCUUGAGCCAGAGGGCGUGUCAUGAGGCUGAGAUCAAGUUUAUUGCGUGUAAGACCGGGACUCUGACGAUUGAGGCUAUGAGGGUAGUGGACUUGACGAGGGAGGGUGAAGGUGGAGUUGGUGUGAUUAGUGAUAUUAGGGAAUUGCCGGAGAUUGUGGUGGUGGAGGGGUAG